AGAGUCCAGAUGUGGGACUGGGCGUCCGUGCGGUGGCUUUAAAACCGCACGCAGUGAAACCCGACCCCGCUCCCGCUGGGGCCCGGCUGCUGUAUUUUGGGAUGUUUUACACGGGGGCAGGACCAAGACAAAGACACGGGGGCAGGACCAAGACAAAGACACGGGGGCAGGACCAAGACAAAGACACGGGGGCAGGACAAAGACACGGGGCAGGACAAAGACACGUUACCAGGCGCGAGCCCAGUGUGAGAAAACAACGAGAAGCUGCGUGAUUUCUGCAGGAAAAGGACGACGCAAAGACUCAAAGACGACAUGGCUGAAGAUGUCCGUGGACUCUGAGAACUCCUGUGUUUUGCUGUCAUCGCAAGACCCCAGGACGUCCUGCGUCUUCCAGAGCGGAGACUCCAGGACGUCCUGCGCCUUCCAGAGCGGGGGAGACCCCAGGACGUCCUGCGUCGUCCAGAGCGGGGGAGACCCCAGGACGUCCUGCGUCUUCCAAAGCGGGGGAGACCCCAGGACGUCCUGCGCCUUCCAGAGCGGAGACUCCAGGACGUCCUGCGUCUUCCAGAGUGGAGACUCCAAGACGUCCUGCGUCUUCCAGAGCGGAGACUCCAAGACCUCCUGC